GCGGCGCAGACGCACUAGCCACCCGCAAGCAAAGCAAUAAUAUUACCGUAUCGAAGCGUCUGCUACGAUAGAAAGUCCACUGAUCCGAUGGGUUAGCGAACACUGACUUCCGUACCUUCGAAUGUGUGCACAGAAGUUGCAGUUGUAGCACUUAUUCCGCAAACACAACAUUCUUAAUACUUGCACGUGCUUCGGCUUGAGGAUGCAUGUCGGCAGCGAAUCGAAAGUGAAACAUUGUUUUUGACGUAUGGUAGAGGCAUGAAUGUAUUCGAACGAAAUUCUGAUUCAUAAAAGCGAAGCCGGCGUCUCUGAAUGGUGAGGCGCCCUGUAGUAAUCCGACAACAUGCAUAGCCUAUGGAAGUGGUUGUUUUGUGUGCAAACUGUCUGUCAGUUUCUUCAUGUUUACGCCGUGGCUGAUUUGAAUGGAGGUAAACCCGUGAUAUUGGAAAGUCCGAGAAACGCCACUGUACUGUCCGGCUCUAGUGUCCUGUUUCGUUGCGCUGUGAGUGGUGAUCCCGAGCCUGCUGUGUCGUGGCAAAAGAACGGUCGCAGCUUGCACUACGCUGGACAUGCCAAUUACAGAGUUCUGGAAUCAGGGGAUUUGAAACUGGACAAUGUCGGGCUUGCAGAUGAUGGCCUUUAUCAUUGCAUCGCUCGGAAUGUCAAAGGGAUGGACUACUCGCCGCAAGCUAGGUUACGUGUGGAAGAACCAGCAAAACUGAAAGGCGGUAGGAGUAUCUACAACGUUAGUUGGGGCUCCAGUGUUCGACUAGAAUGUUCAGCUCAGGGUGAACCUCCACCUGUUAUUACAUGGUUUCAGGAUGGUGAACCGUUGGAUGCCUACGCGUUAAACGACCCUGUUUACACGCAUUCAGAGCUGUAUCUCAAUGCAACGAGAACGACCAGUUUUACGUGCAAAGCAACCAACUCACUGAUUAGUCUCAAUUCAUCUUUAGUGACGGAUAGUAAGCAAUUCCAACUGUAUGUCAUGCCAAAGGAUGAAGAGGACGAUUGGGAGGAAGAAAUGCCUCCGGACAUCCCCGGCUCCGAAGAGGAAGAUUUCGACGAAGAAGAACCCGUGAUCGAAAACGAAAUCGUGGAAGAAGAGGAGGACAACAGCAGGCGUUGGGACGAGAAGAGGCCGCCCGAGGACCCCUUGGGGAGUGGGGUAGAAAAGCCCAAAGAAGAAAGUCCGAUCAUAGGGAACGAAGUGACCGUCGGCUAUUGUGCGCCGUACACAGGGCAGAUCUGCAGAAGGUACCUGAACGGUUCGGGACAUGUUUACUACAACUUUACGAGCGAAAAUCACCCGAUCCCUCUCAAUGAGCAGAUUACCGCUGAGUUGUGGAGUGAACUCAUUUCGUCACUUCUCGAACCUUGCAGAAGUGCUGCCGAAGUGGUUCUCUGUUCCUAUGCCUUCCCUAAAUGUGAAUGGAUGGACGGCGUAGCCCGAUUGAAACCCCUGUGCCGUGAGGAUUGCAUCGCCAUCAAGGAGCUCUUCUGCUACAACGAGUGGGCGCUGGUCGAAGAUAACAAGCAAAGGGGCAUAUUCUUCAAAUCCAGGGGGCACUUCAGACUGCCCGAUUGCAACACCCUGCCUCCGCUGUCCAAGACGGGGAAGGAGACCUGCUCCAAUGCGCACCUCACCGAUAUGAGGGAGGAUGAGAUAACAACUGACUGCAUUCGAGCUCGAGGACGCUUCUACCAAGGCACAAUGAAUGUAACUAAAACUGGUAUUGCUUGCCAGCGAUGGGAUGUACAGGAGCCUCACCACCACAACCGCCCUCCGAAGGUCUUUCCGGAAGUGCUCAAUUCCGAAAACUACUGCCGGAACGCUGGCGGUGAGGAACCAGUCCCCUGGUGCUACACUAUGGAUCCCAGGGUCCGAUGGCAGCACUGCGACAUCCCCCUCUGUGAUAACAGCAGCCAGAUUUCUCAGCCGGACAAUGACAUCAUUGACAUAUUCGAACCCCCAUCCGAACCUCUCUUCACCCCAACUUUCAUCUUAAUGACCUGUUCAUUGAGCCUGGCCGCUGUGGUCAUCCUUCUGGCCAUUGUUCUCGGACUCAGGCGAAUCCGACAGAAGUCCGGAAUAAUGUCCCCUACUCCUGGUGGCUACAUUUCUCCCAAUGAGCGUCCCCCUCAUCUAGGUAGUAACAGCGAUGAUCCCGAUGUAGAAAUAGACCUGGACAAACUUCCUUCGAAUGUCUCAUAUCACCGAACACAGGCCAAACUCCACCCUAAAUUGGAAAAACUAGAAUACCCACGGAAUGACAUCAUCUACAUCAGAGACAUAGGCCAGGGUGCUUUUGGUCGUGUUUUCCAAGCGAAAGCGCCUGGAUUGGUAAAAGGCGAAGAUUUCACAAUGAUUGCCGUCAAAAUGCUGAAAGACGAAGCCUCGGACGACCUUCAGAGUGACUUCGAACGGGAAGCCUGCCUCAUGGCCGAAUUCGACCACCCCAAUAUCGUCAAAUUACUCGGAGUGUGUGCUAUCGGUAAGCCCAUGUGCCUUCUUUUCGAAUUCAUGGGCAAAGGCGACCUGAACGAGUUCCUGAGGUCCUGUUCACCUACAAACUACAUCAUGACAACUGGAAAUGGCAAUCUGUUUAGUGAUGUGCGUCUCACUCAUCUAGACCUGACAAACAUCGCCAAACAGGUGGCGGCUGGAAUGGUAUAUCUUUCCGAACGGAAAUUCGUGCAUCGUGACCUUGCCACCAGAAAUUGCCUUGUCGCCGAGGACAUGACGGUCAAGAUCUCCGAUUUUGGUCUAUCGCAGAAAAUUUAUGCGGCCAACUACUAUAAAGGAAAGGAAGACGACGCCAUUCCCAUACGAUGGAUGCCGCUGGAAUCUAUUCUGUACAAUAAGUUUAUUGUGGAAUCGGAUGUCUGGGCAUUUGGCGUCGUUCUUUGGGAGAUCUUCACUUUCGCUCUCCAGCCUUACUACGGGAUGACUCACGAAGAGGUCGUCAAGUAUGUUCAGGAGGGAAACAUCUUGAAGCGUCCGGACGAUUGUCCGGCUGCAAUUUACGACCUCAUGAAGGCCUGCUGGAACAGGAAGCCAGCUGCUAGGCCGCCUUUUAAAACUAUUCACAAAACUCUGUCUCACAUAUAUAAUGAUCUCCUUAAAAGACAAAGCAAAGACCAAAGAACUCACGUCUGACCAUCAGGUGGGGAAGAUGUCUGUUGGACCAAAGAAACUGCUGGCGAACAAUAGUUUGGAUGAGAAAAACUUUUUAGUUCCUUUUUAAGUUAAUUUAAUGGCGAUGUCUAAAAAUUUUUCCGAAGGCAAAUUUUAUAUUUAGAAUGCAAUAUUAAGAAUCUUAAUAUCAUUUAGUUAUUUUAACAAACAGAUCACAGAAAUGCAUUUGCAAGUGAAAAUAGUGGCUUGGACUAAGUAUAAUGUCAACAACAUCGUACCAAAGAGGCUAGUCUUCAUGAUUUUUCAUUUUGCCUUUUUCACUACUGCUCGAGAUUUCUGAGAUUAUGUCGUUGUGAUCGUAAAUUAAUUUUUUUAAAUAUUUAAAAAGAUCUUUUCAUUUUUCUGUAAUCAUCAUAUGUGUAAAUAUAACAUUUUCAUUUUCCAGGCUGUAAUUUGAAUUUCAGUUUCAUCAUCGUUCUGAGAAUGAAAUUGUGAUCAUUUUUUCUGGACAAUCAUUUUGUGAUUUGAUUUGCAAAACUUAAUUUUUUUUAGCUCUCUUAUUGGAUAUUGAAAUAUAUUUGAAAGAAUCAGCCUGGAAACUUUAUGUAUGAAUUUGUAUAUAUCUAUAUAAUAUAUGUUUUAAGAGUUUAUAUUUUAUCGUGGUGUGUUUAUGUAAAUUAUGCCUUGUUGUUUUAAGGACUUUAAAAUAAGUGCGAUAAAAAAUGAAUCAUAAUGUUUAUACUUGACAUUCCAAUCCGGUAAUAUCAAUGAAUGUUUUAAUAUUAUUAUAUAUGCUUAUAUUUGCCACUGAAGAAAAAGGUAUUUGAAAAAGUAAUUUGACAUUGUUUUUCUUAAAAUGUUUUGAUUUCUAUAACUUUUUUUCCCUGCUUGCUGAUUGAUUGUUUCAAAUGCUGUCACAUAAUCUAAAUUUGUUAUUUUAAAAUGAAUUCUAUCUUACUGGCAUGUGUCUUAAAAUAAAAUUUCAGUGAUAUUAUUAAAUGGAAUAACUUACAUUUUUGAAUUUGUAUCCAUCUCCAUGGGCUGAAGCAAAUCUAAAUCUUCCUUCUCUAAUGUAAAUAUUGAUACCAAAGAAUCUCUCGGAUCAUUCCAAUAUUUCUUGAACCAUUCCAUCCUUUGUUUUGCGACCCCUCUUCAAGUGCCAUAUAUUUUGAUACAUUGUGACGACAUAUCAUGGAGAAAAUCGCCCUCUGCACUUUUUUUUUUUCGCCCCAACUUCUAGAUGGAUGCGCACAUUCGUUCUUCCGAAACAAACUCGCGGCCUCCUCUGCUGGUUUUCUCAGAAUCUUUAUUUUAUCCAAUCAGCUGUAGAAGAGGCCUCUUUUUUAUAUAAAUGGCUCAAUAAAUACUUAUUUGGAAUCAA